AGCUUCGCCUUAAUAACACCUCCUCUCCUUUCCCAAGAGAUUCUUAUUGCCAGGCGCAAGGACACUAUAUUUUUACCAACUAUACUCUGGCUCAGCACUUUCUGUAACAUAUUGACCGGAUUCGAACAAUGUCUUUCGCAAGGAACUUCAUCGGCCUUGGCGGCUUGUUGUCGCUAGCUGCCCAGGCGCAGGGCGCUUACACCAUUCAAGACACGUACGAUGCCACCAACUUUUUUGAUGGCUUCGAAUUCUUCAAUUACCCUGACCCUACCCUCGGCUUUGUCCAGUACGUUGAUGCUGUCACUGCAAAUGCGACCGGCCUUGCUGGAUAUGCCAACGACGGCAUCUACCUUGGUGUGGACUACGAGACACAGAAUCCAGCGGCAGGUCGUGCCUCGGUUCGGCUCGUCUCCAAACAGUCUUACACUCGUGGCCUCAUUAUCACCGACAUUGCCCACAUGCCCGCCCCUGUCUGUGGCUCUUGGCCUGCUUUCUGGACCGUCGGGCCCAACUGGCCACAUUCUGGUGAGAUCGACAUCAUAGAAGGAGUCAAUCUGCAGGAUAGUACCAGCGUUACCCUUCAUACUGCGUCGGGUUGCUCGUUCUCGCAAGACUCAUGGUCACCUCAGGAUUGCGGUACCCCUGGUGACGGUUCUCAGGGGUGUGGUGCCUCGACGGACAACACACAAACCUUUGGUGCUGGUUUUAAUGAAAUUGGCGGUGGAGUGUAUGCUUUGCAGUGGACUUCUGAUGCACUUAGGGUCUUCUUCUUCCCGCGAGGCUCGGUUCCUGCUGAUAUCGAUGCUGGUAACCCCGAUCCUAGCACCUGGGGGAACCCCACUGCUUCUUUCUCAGGUGGUAACUGUGACAUUGAUUCGAACUUCGCAAAUCACCAGAUCAUAUUCGACACUACAUUUUGUGGUGUCUGGGCCGGUCGAGUCUUCGGUGACGAUCCCACCUGCGCAGCUAAGGCGACCAGUUGCGAGGAAUAUGUCGGAAACAACCCUGCCGACUUCCAAGAUGUUUAUUGGCUCGUCAACUACGUCAAAGUCUUCGGCGAGGAUGGCGGCUUUAAGAGGAGCAUUGCCAAGCCAUUCAACGCCUAGAGGCGGCAGCUCCGGUAGAAAUGAGAGAUGU